AUGGGUAACACGUUAACAUUGACAUCGAUACCAAAUGCUGUUUCAUUACCAAUCUUUGGUGUUGGUUUGACAACGCUUUGUUUAAGUUUAUGCUUCUGUUGUUAUUUAUGGCGACUGAGAAGAGAUACAUUUCGUGAAAAAGGCUACCGAAAAGAUCAAUAUACACGAUGCAAAGUGAAGAAUUCCAGUUGCGUGAUUUGCUUUGAUGAUUUCUAUGAGGACGAAGAAAUUGCCGUUUGUCCAUGUGAACAUGCAUUUCAUAAACGUUGUCUAUCACCAUGGCUACAACAAAACUGUACAUGUCCGAUGUGUAAUAUGUGUAUCAAGCCAGAGAUAUCUGGCUCAUGUCAAUUACCCGAUAUGCUUUAG